ACGUGUGCGGUAAGUUAUUGAAAAUGUUGAGUUACGUAAUAAUAGCACUGUGCGCAGUCACUGUUUGGCUAUAUUUAUAUUGGAGGCAUACAUCUCAGUAUUGGAGCAAGCGAGGCGUACCUCAUCUCCCGCCGCAUCCUGUAUUGGGCAGUCUAACCUUCCUGCAGCGACAGAAUCCGGCACUAUGGCUGCAAGAGAUAUACGAACGAUUCAACUCUCCAUAUGUUGGUCUAUGGCUAGUAUGGCGCCCGGCUUUGUUGAUUAACUGUCCCGAGAUAGCACGAAGAGUUCUGGUCAAGGAUGCUGAUAACUUCAGAAACAGGUUCUUGAGCUCCGGGAACUCAGAUCCCAUUGGACAACUGAAUUUGUUCACUGUGAAAGACCCUGUAUGGACUUACUUAAGGAAACGCCUAACUCCAGUGUUCACUUCAUCAAAACUCAAGCAUCUGAACGGUCUGGUCACUGAAAAGGGGAGCCAGUUAAUUCAACGUAUACACAACGAAAUUAAUAAACAUGAACCAAUCAACCUGAGGGCUAUGUACUCGGAUUAUACUACGGAUAUAAUCGGAACGUCUGCUUUUGGCGUGACCAGCGACGCCACCCUGGACGGGAAGAGUCAUUUGCGGGACAUCACCAAGGAGUUCAUGAAAUUCAGCAUAUACAGAGGCCUGGCGUGGUCUAGCAUAUUUUUCUUCCCGAAAAUUGUCGACGUUUUCAGAUUUUCAUUCUUUCCGAAAUCUGCAACGGACUAUCUUAAGAAAGUGUACCGGGCCAUGGUAGAGCAGCGGAAAGGUGACCUCGGCCGAGAGACGAAAGACCUGCUUGAUGCAUUGUUGAAAAUACAGGAGGACUCUAAGAAAAAUAACGAAGAGAUCAGUGAGGACAUGCUCAUAUCCCAGGCAGCUAUAUUUCUUCAAGGUGGAUUCGAUACUUCAGCAUCAGCCCUCACGUUUAUGACUUAUGAGGUUGCUCAUCAACCACAUAUACAGGAUAAACUGUACAAAGAAAUAUUGGAGGCUACAGAAAAGUAUAGUAAAGAAGAAUUGAAUUCGCUCAUUUUGUUUAACGGCCUCCCGUACAUGAACUGUGUCAUUGAUGAGACUCUCCGAAAGUAUCCCCCUAUGGGAUGGUUGGAUCGUGUUGCUGUAAACAAUUAUAAGAUAGACAGUAACCUGACCAUCGCCGCUGGGACGCCGGUGUACGUAAAUGCUAUUGGGAUGCAUUACGACCCCAAAUACUUCCCGCAGCCGAAGAAGUUCGACCCUGAGAGGUUCCUCUACGGAAGCACAGAGCCUUUUACCUAUAUGCCCUUCGGCGAGGGUCCAAGGAUAUGCAUUGGUCAAAGAUUUGCAUACAUAACAAUGCGCAAAGCUAUGGCUGCCAUAUUCCUAAACUUCGAAGUACGGCCAUUACCCAAUACUCCAAAGCCUGAUGAAUGCGAGAUAGAGAAGAAGGGCAUGUUCUUGAUGCCAGGACAGGUGAUGUCUGUGGAGUUUGUGCCUAGGAAGAGACCCGUUUAAUGUUAGGGAAGAAAUGUAUAACUAAUGAAAUAAGUUAUGUAAACUAACACAAAACGAUGUC